AUGUCUCUUCCAUCCCACAAUCCCUACUUCAAAGUCGGCGGCAAGGACAUCUGGUCCUUGAUCAACGAAACGGCGGCCGCUGCCGAGCAGGAGAGCGGACGCAAGAUGGUUAAUCUCGGCCAAGGCUUCUUCUCGUACUCGCCGCCGGACUUUGCCAUCAAUGCCGCCAAGAGGGCCCUGGACGUUCCGGCCAACAACCAGUAUGCCCCAGCGAAGGGCAGACCCAGUCUUGUGCAGGCCAUCAUCGACACGUAUUCGCCGAUCUACGGAAGACAGCUGACUAAGGACGAGGUCCUGGUCACCACCGGGGCCAACGAGGGCAUGCUUUCCUGUUUCUUCGGUUUCAUUGCUCCCGGCGACGAGGUCAUCGUCUUUGAGCCCUUCUUCGACCAGUACAUCUCCAACAUCGAGAUGCCUGGAGGCAAGGUCAAGUACGUCCAGCUGCAUCCACCAGCGGACUUCGCUACCAAAACCGUGACCGGUGACGACUGGACCAUCGACUGGAACGAGCUGGAGGCGGCAAUCACGCCAAAGACAAAGAUGGUUGUCCUGAACUCUCCGCACAAUCCGAUCGGAAAAGUCUUCAACAAGCAGGAGCUGCUCAGAAUCGGCGAGCUGGCCGUCAAGCACAACUUUUUAAUUCUUUCCGACGAGGUCUACGAGAACCUCUACUACGGGGACUUCACCAGAGUUGCGCUCUUGAGCCCAGAAAUCGGCAGAAGAACCCUAACGGUUGGUUCCGCCGGUAAGAGCUUCGCGGCCACUGGUUGGCGUGUUGGCUGGGUCAUUGGCGACAAGGAGACCGUGCAGUACUGUGCGCUGGCCCACACUCGCAUCUGUUUCAGCACGCCCAACGUGAUGCAGGAGGCGACUGCACAGGCGUUGCAACUGGCAAGAACCAACGGCUACUACGAGCAAACCAGAAAAGAGUAUCUCAACAAAUAUAGAAUCUUCACGGCAGUCUUUGACGAGCUGGGCUUGCCGUACACCAUUGCCGACGGAGGAUACUUUUUGCUGGUGAAUAUGAAGAAGGUGGAGAUUCCAAAAGAGGUCGAGUUCCCGCAGGAGAUUGCGCACAAGCCGCGCGACUUCAAGCUUGCUUUCUGGCUCAUUAAGCAGUUUGGCGUGGUGAGCAUUCCUCCGUCCGAGUUCUAUCUGCCUCAGAAUGCACAUGUGAUUGAGGACUGUCUUCGUUUCGCCGUGUGCAAAGAUGACUCUGUCUUGGAAGAAGCGGUGCAAAGACUGCGGCUGCUUAAGCAGUAUAUUAAAUAG